AUGCAGGAUACUGAACUUACAAUUGUCGAUGCUCGCAUGCAGCAUUUAUCAUUUUUCAUAAAUACAACUAUACAACAGGUAAUGACAGAAAAAACUAAAGAGUUACUCAAAUCUAAACAUAUUGACCCGAUAAAAGUAACAAAAUCACUUGAAAAAGCACUUAUGGCAAGCUUGAAAAGUGAAAGAGAGCAAUUUCUCCAAGAUACAAUUGAUAAAUUAGAACAAACGAUCGCAGAAAAGAACUCUUUUGAGCUUGAAUUAAAAUCUCUUCAAAAAAAGGCAGCUGUCAAAAACUCAUACUUGCAAGAGCAAAACGCAAUGCUAAGAGAGAAAUACAUGGCAAUGAAAAAGAAUACUACAAAAUCAACGGAUGAAUUAUUCUCAAGAAGUACUUUUAUUAGCUCUGACUUACAAUCAAAAGACACAUAUAUCGAUAGCACACAUGAAUUCUUAAGAAAUACAAAGUCAUUAUGCAAUGAAUUUAAAAAUGAAUUAAAACUGAUGAGAAAAGCUGUAAACUCUCAAGUUAAAGAACUUCAUACAAACUUGAACAAAAUAUCUCAUGAUAUCAAAAAAUAUACAAAAAUCUGCAAUAAUCAGCAAAAUCGUAGAAUUUCUUCAAAAUUGGAAAGUUAUAUUAAUAAUUUGGAUGAUAUUAAAACUGAAGGUAGCAAAUACAAUCUAAUUUGUACUGCUCUUUUAGAAAUUCUUCAUGAAAUUCAUCCAACAAAUAAAACAUUACAAGAAGUUAACACUUCAACAAUAGAUGAGCAUAUUGGCGAAGUAGAAAUCGCAAUUCGCGAAAUACCAGAUGUUAUUAGGUCUGAAACUCAAUCAGAAAUGUUAAGGAGUGUUUAUAAUGCUUAUCCCGAGUAUAAACAGCAGAACAUUAAUUCUCUAACAGAAAUAAUAAAUUCUAUUGUUGAAAAGAGGCUUAAAUCACAAGAACAAUUGUAUGAUGACCAUUAUAAAAAACUUAAGAAGAAAGAACAUGAAUUACGAGCCCGACUACAAAAGGUUCUCGAUUCCAUACCGAAGGAACCAAUUUACACUAAAAUGUCGACUUUUUCCAUGGCUGCAAAUGCUGACCAUGAAAAAAUUAAAUGGGAGAAAAGGAAAAAGUACUUAGACGAAACAAUCAAAAUAGUUGAGUCUCUGAGUCCUAAAAAAUCACAUAGUCCAAAGAAAUAA